ACACCAGUUGAAGAUUUUACGAAGCAGGAACAAUGGGAUGGACGUGCAGUCCAGCCCAGGUCUUAGGCAUGAGCUGACUCGUGGAGUCGGGAAGUCAUCCAGGAACUCUAACAGUGGAGAGGCCUGUCCCAGUGGGAACAGCAACUACCAAUGCAGUGAUGGUGGGAAAACCUUUAGUCAGAAUUCUAUACUUAUUCAGCACCAGACACUACACCAGAGAGAAAAGCCUUACAAAUGCAGUGAAUGUUGGAGACGAUUUAAACAUAAAUCUAACCUUCUGGCGCACCAAACAAUUCACGGUGGAGAAAGACCGUAUGUGUGUACCGAAUGUGGGAAAUCCUUUGGUUGCAAUACUGACCUCAUUCAACACCGCAGCAUCCAUACUGAAGAAAAGCCUUUUACGUGCACUGAAUGUGGACAGGGUUUCAAGUAUCAGUGCAAACUCAUUCAACAUCACAGACUCCACAGUGGAGAAAGGGUCUAUAAAUGUGAAGAAUGUGGGAAAUCCUUUGUCCGAAAUGCCCAGCUCAGGGACCACUUACUUUUUCACACUUCUGAAAAGCCUUUUAAGUGCAGUGAGUGUGGGGAAUCAUUUAGGUCCAGACCCACCCUUAAAAGUCAUUCCCGAGUUCACACCGGGGAAAAGUCCCAUGAGUGCAGUGAAUGUGGGAAAGUGUGUCUGAAGAAAUCAAAGCUUAUAAAUCACAGGCGAAUUCAUACUGGUGAAAGACCUUUUGAGUGCAGUGAAUGCGGGAAAGUGUUUAGGCAGAAAUACAGCCUUAUAAGUCACUGGCGCACUCAUACUGGAGAAAGACCUUAUGAGUGCAGUGAGUGUGGAAAAGCAUUUACGGAAAAAUCUAGCCUUCGAAAUCAUAGGCGAAUUCAUUCUGGAGAAAAGCCUUAUGAGUGCAGUCAGUGUGGGAAAGCAUUUACAGAAAAGUCCACCCUUAAAAAUCAUUACCGAGUUCAUUCUGUGGAUAAGCCUUUUGAGUGCAGUGAAUGUGGCAAAGUGUAUAGGAAAAAAUCCAGCCUUAAAUGUCAUAAGCGAAUUCAUACUGGAGAAAGACUUUUUGAGUGCAGUGAAUGUGGAAAAACAUUUACUGAAAAAUCCAGCCUUAUCAGUCAUAGGCGAAUUCAUACUGGGGAAAAACCUUAUGAGUGUAGUGUAUGUGGAAAAGCAUUUACAGAAAAGUCCACCCUUAAAAAUCAUUACCAAUUUCAUUCUGGAGAAAAGCCUUUUGAGUGCAGUGAAUGUGGCAAAGUGUAUAGGAAAAAAUCCAGCCUUAAAUGUCACAGGCGAAUUCAUACUGGAGAAAAACCUUAUGAGUGCAGUGAAUGUGGAAAAGCUUUUAUAGAAAAGUCUAGUCUUUUUUAUCAUUGUCGAAUUCAUACUGGGGAAAAGCCUUUUGAGUGCAGUGAAUGUGGGAAAUCUUUUACCAAAAACUCUUAUCUUACAAAACACACAGAAAAAGUUCACAGCAGAGGACAGCAAUGAGUGUGGGAGUCUUUCCUGGCAGUUCCAGCCUCAUUUAACAUCAGAGAGUUCACACUGCAGCAGUCUUUUUUAAAAAAAUUUUUUAUUAUUUUUAUGUGUAUGAGUGUAUUGCCUACAUGUAUGUAAGU